AUGCAGCAUCAUGCACAGAGACCUAAUUCCAUAUGAUUUGUAUCGUUCUUAAUGUUAAUCUACACAUUGAAAAAACGGUACAAAUCAUAAAAUCAUAUGUAAAUUACUAAAUAGUUCUCUGUGCUGUGCAAAUAUGAAACAAAAACGUAUGCAGGUUACCUUACCUGACCCAGAUAGUCUAGUCAUGUGACAGUGUACCAGUCAUUCUGUCUUUAUGGUAAUAUAAAUAGCAGAUCUUUAUAGCAGGAUAUAGUUUCAAAUUUAUAAAUAAAAUGAUAAAUACCAUAAUGACCUUAUGCUUGGUAUCCAAUUCUGCAGUAGAUACUCUUUUUUUCCCCAAUAUCAUUCUUAAAUCAAGGGAAAAUUUGGGUAUAUUUCAGAAUGACAGAUCACAACAAUUAUUCACUCCGUAAAUGUUUACAAAUGGCGACAUGUGAAAAUAUUUUCCAUAAAAUUUUGAACGAUUUAGAACUAAACCCUCUGUUUUCUGAAAUCAAAACAUGUAUUUCAAACUAUAUCAAUUUCCCUGAAAAACCAUUACAGCAGAAAGAUUCAGAGGCUGAAAGUUGGUUAAAAUGGGCUCGGAAUCGUCAACACCUGAAGAUUAUUAGUGCUGAGAUACCAGAGGGUAUUUUACCAGAUAAUAGCCCAGGGCAUUUACUUGAUGUGAGGGUUUUCACACAUAGAGGUCCUGAUGAUGAUAUAUAUGAUAACAACAAAGACAUUCGUGAUAAGGUUGCCAGGGGCAACUGUUUCCUAAGCAUCCACUCAGGAGAGAACAGAAGGACGAGAUGUGUCAUCUACGCAUUGAAAAAAUUCACAGGUGGUCUCGGAGAUGAUGACGAUAGAACAUCUGGGGAUGAUUUUACUUGGAAAAAGUACUUUAACAAGCCAUUAGAUGCUGCUUCCUCAAUAGUUGCUACAAGGAAGGCAAAUGGAGAAGCUGCUCACCUUAGCUGUCUGAAAAUAGAUGACCAAUAUAUCAUAUGUGCAGGCUCCAAAAAUGUCCAUUUACUAUUUAAAAAUAAAGAGGAUGUCACUAAAUAUGUAGAACCAAGAUACAAAAUUGCUAGAGAAGUCAGCGAAACAGUCUGGGAGGCCUUAGAAGAUAUGGGAGAAGAAAAGAAAAACAGAUUACUGGAGUUUCUAUGUGUCACUGAUUAUACAGCAAUAUUUGAGAUUUUGCACCCAGACCAUCAACACGUAGAAGAAUUCACGCAUUUAAAAAAGCCACUGUUGCAGUUUAUAACCUGGUGUAGUAAUGAUCUUGUCCCUACUGAGAGUUCCAGUUUAUGUAGUAUGCCCCCACAUAUAUCCAUUGAGAUUGCGAGGUAUUUGGGGCUAUCAACUGUGCAGUAUGACAUAAUAGGUGUCUCUGAUGUUGAUCCCAGAAUGUCUCAGAUACGACAAGGUUAUGGCUAUGAGGGGGAAGUUCUGUAUUUCCUUGAUUCUGAGAAUAAUGUCAUUGGACUCCUGAAAAAGAAGACAAUUUGGUGA